CCAACUAUCCACACGUCACUCGCAGCGACAGCGACAGUGAGAAGUCAGUGAAGUGAAUUUCUUUUCAGUGAAUGUGGACAUUGUGGUUGUGAAUACGCCGAGGAAAAUGCAAAUUCCAAAUGAAUACGUUUCUACUGCGGAAGAUGUUGCAGAUCAGGUGAUACGAAAAGGCAAAAAUGUCCUGCCCACGGUUGCCAGGCUGUGCCUCAUCAGCACGUUCCUCGAGGACGGGCUCCGCAUGUGGUUCCAGUGGUCAGAACAGCGCGACUACAUGGACAUGUCGUGGGGCUGUGGCAAGUUCCUCGCAACCAUGUUUGUGAUUAUAAAUCUGCUGGGUCAGAUUGGAGGAUGCGUGAUGGUGCUCGGGAGGCUGAAGGUGGACAUCGCUUGCGGUGUGCUCUUCUUCAUUGUAGUUCUUCAGACAUUCGCCUACAGCAUACUAUGGGACAUGCAAUUCCUGCUCCGUAACCUCGCCCUCAUCGGCGCCCUGUUACUAGUGGUCGCAGAAGCCCGCGCCGAAGGCCGCAGCCUGUUCGCCGGCGUACCGUCCCUGGGAGAGAACAAGCCGAAGACGUACCUCCAGCUCGCUGGGAGGAUCCUGCUCGCAUUCAUGUUCAUCACGCUGCUGCGGUUCGAGGUGUCAUUCGUACAGAUCGUGCAAGACAUCCUCGGCAGCAUUCUUAUGGUCCUAGUAACAAUCGGGUACCGUACCAAAUUGUCCGCGCUGAUGCUCGUGUUGGUACUCACUGUGCUCAACCUGUACCACAACGCGUGGUGGGCAGUGCCCAGCUACAAGCCGCUUAGGGACUUCCUUAAAUACGACUUCUUCCAGACACUAUCCGUGAUCGGCGGUCUGCUCAUGAUCGUCUAUUUGGGCCCCGGCGGCGUAAGCAUGGACGAACACAAGAAAAAGUGGUAGGCAGUGCGUUAAGGACGUUACACGGUGCGAUAUGACGUUGACAAAGGAGCGUCGCGGCCGCCUGUAUAUAUACAAUUAAAUAUAAUAGUGUCGAUGUUAACGUCACUCUACAAGUGUGUUUGUGAAUAUUAGGGGCCGGUGUUUAACCUGUAUCCUAAAAGGUAUGUGUGUUAGUAAUUUGUAAACCCUUUUUAAACUACCUUUUUGAGCUUAGCGAUUUAUUUUACCAUUGUGGGAUAUCGGUAUAUUUACCGGUCACCGUAAUGAUUAAGUUUUAGGUCCCUUGUUAGAUGUUUUAUGUAUAAACGCCGACGCCGUCUAAAAGAUGGUUACAGCGUUCAAGUCGGACAUUAAGUCGGUUCAAACAUCACCUUGUUCAGAAUAGUUUCGAGAAACAGAAUAGCUAGAAUAACGCACGACUACAUAGUAAAGGAAUUGUUGGAAAUAAUCUAUAAUAUUAUAUGGGUUUUAAUCUUAGACAUUUUUAAUUGUACUGGCCAUCAUGCGGCCGCGGCCGGCUCCGUCAUGUUUUGUGACGGACCCGCGCGGGCGGUGCUCCAUAAUCGUCUGUAAUAUUAAGAGAAUAAGAUUCUGUUUUCAAUUGCCGACGCGCGGGUAAUUAUUAUUAGUUAACGAGACGACAAUAAUAAUGAGGGCACAGAUGACUAUGACCACAAUUUCCAAACACUCCCCAUUAUUACUGGGUCUCAACCUUAUUGUUACACAGCCAUGUCAUUUUUUCUUCUUACAUGGAGCCGUAGCCUUCUUAUUUUUUGUUUUUAUCAGUAUUUCAUAGUUUUGUGGUGGUGUGUGCGAAUAUCUAAUAUUUUUAAGUUAAAUUUAAAUUCUAUAUAGAACACAUUAAGGCUCCUCCUCCCGCAAAAUACCGUAAAAAAGUUACUUUGAACCAUUUUUUUAUAUUAUAUAUUAGGACUAGAGCAAAAAAAAAAAAAUCACAAUCUACAAGAUAUGAGCAGAGAAAUUGUUUUUCGGGAAAUCUAUUUUAAUUUAAAAAUCGUAAUUUCACUCCUAUUUCUUUUAGUUGUAUCCUUAUUAAUACUGCAAUUUUACAGUCUUUCUCAAAAAACACUAUAAAAUGAUUUGGUUUUCUUGCUUUAAGCAAAUUCAUACAAAUAUGCCUAAAUUCCUAAAAAAAAAAUCUUAAAUCAAAAUUCUAUUUCAAACGCAUAGUUCUGCGCGCUCGAUCUUUUUUAGCGGGUGGUGCGGUGAGGAGUAUAAGCUCCGCUUACAAGCGAGAGGUCGUUGGCGUCGGAUGCAGCCUUAAACAGCAGCGAAUUGCGAGAUUUUUUUUGUUUGCCACCAUUAUUCUCUUAGUAAUUAUGGGACAUUUCUCUUCCCCGCUAGUUCACUUUUUCGCUCUGCCCUGUUUGCUUAUAGACAAUCCCGAGUGUUUUGAUUAAUAUUGUGUCUACUUGAGAUAUCGCUUGGUUUGAUUUAAAUCUGCGCGUAAGCGGUUAGGCCACUUCUCGGGAUGUUAUAUCUGCAAAUUCAAUAGGUGCUAAAGAAUAUAAUUCGCACACAUAACCGCGCUCCAUAAACUUCGAUUUUGAACUGAUUUUUUCCACAAACGAGUGAUAUUUUGAAAUCGGAUUGUUUAUAAUAUAAGCUUAAUGACUGAGGGAUCCCUUUACGUAGGUAACGAUAAGACUCGCCAUUUUUGAAUAUUUGUAUUUGACGCGCCGCAGUAGCGCGCUAUUUUGAAUACUUACUGUAGUGAACGCGAUAUUCCAGGUCGCCCGCCGUCGACAUCUAGUCGGCGUACUCGUGUAAAUGUCGGCGCGCACGUCUCAAAGUCGGCGCGUCGGCGUUUUUUAUAAAUUGUCGAGCCUUAUCAGCAAUAUGUUUCAUUCCGUAUACCCUGUUAUGAUGUCGUUGUAAAUAUAUAUUUUGUACUUAUCGUGUGGACCCUUAACAAUUGUAUAAAUUUAAGGUUGUAAGAGCUAGAUAGCGACUGCUUAUUUCUUAAAGAUUAUAUUUUAAAAGUUAACUUAUCGUAUUGUUUAGCAUCCUUCCUCGGCGGUAAAAUAAGCAAAAUUCAAAUAUGUAAUCUUUAUGAAAUAUGUAGUUUUAACCUUUUGAUCGCCAAAGACGUCAUAUGACGCGCGCGGCUACAGCCCAAUAUCAACCUUCAUGCGUAUCGACAAGGUUCACGAUUACGCGCCGCGUGCUAUAGGCGUGGCGUUCAAAGGGUUAAUGUAAAUGGGUAUAAUUCCAUUAGCCAUAAGUUGACCCGGGCUGGCAUCACACGACUUUACAUUAUAGACGCAAAAUAUAUGGUUUACAAAAUAUUUUCAAAUAAAAGACUAUUAUUAUAUUUAUUUUUAUAUUUUUUUUAUUAUUUUGAUGUAAUCUUCGAUCCAUUUGGAAUCCUCGACUUGUUCUGAAUAAAAAUGACAUUAAUAA